CGUUAUAAACCCACACCAUCUGAGACUAAACUCUUCUGCCUUACUUGCCUUUUCUAUUAUUUCUUCAACCUGCAAAUGCUCUUUACAAUUAUACUAUAUUUUCUCCAAUUCAAUUUCAUCAAAUAAAGGUUCCACAAACCAACGUCGUCUUCAACUUAUGGUCAGCAUCUUGAAACAAAUGUUUGAUAUAUUAUUUUUAUUACUUUUAUACUGAGCGGUGGUGUGGUGGGCCGAUACGGCACCGGGGAUGGCGACACAAACGUUUAACCCCUCUUCCUCAUAUUCUAUGCCUUCUUCUCACUGAAUUUAUGCAAAUUUCUCAGGAAACUGGUGCAAAUCGGGGUUCUCUACCAUGAAUAUUGAUAAAUUCAAGCAGGACAUUGAUGAACUUAUCGCUCAAUUCUCACAGGAUGAGUCAAAAACUUUGGCUGAUAUGAAGAGAGUAUGGAUUUCUAAGAAGUUUUCCUACAUUUAUGAAGCUAGUCCUUCUACCAACUUGGCCUUCUUUAUGCAGUCUCUGUAUGCUCAUUGUAUAGGUUACAUCGUUAGCACCGCCGGUUCUUUAUCACACAGAUUGGGUGGCCUUUAUUGCCUCUAUUGUCUUUAUGAGACUCAAUCAUUCAAACCUCCUUUUAAGGUCUACAUAUCCCUUGGAGAGUUAAAGAAUCUUAGAACCCUUGUUGUUGAUGCAAAGGCAAAUGAUAUCAGUGUGGUGCCUGCUUUAGUCAAAAGAAUGCUGGAAAGAAACACAUUCCUUUUUGGUGCUGUCGACUUAGUGGAAAGUUCUGCCACAGAAACAGUAAAUCAACUCCAAAAUUUACAGAAGGCUCGUAUUCAAGUUGCAUACAAAAAGUUGUUCGAUAGCACGCCAAUUGAAACAUAUGUUCGCAUGGACCUUGGAAUGGAAAUAGACCUCAAUUUGCUGAAGGAAAUGUCAGCUGAAUAUGCUGAGGCCAAGAAUGUAGCAAUUAAAGAAGCAAGCGGUAUAUUGGAUGUCCAAAACAUAAAACACAUAUCAGAAGAUAAGGAAUUGAUAGGAGAUGUUGUGGAGAAGAUCGCUGAUGAUUGGAAUGUCCAGAAACAAACAUUUUAUAAACAAACAGGAUUGGAGGAGGAUGACGGAUAUGAUCAGGAGCUGGAGCAAUUUCUUCUAGAGUAGUUUUCAGAUGAUGAUGAGCAUAAUGAAAACUGAGGACUAAAAAUUGAGCUAUAGUUUCUAGCUUAUAGGGAAUUUCAUAAUAUUAUUAAGCCUGGUUAAAAUUGCGUAUCAUUUCAAAGAAGCAUGCAUUUUUUUUAGGAUUAUUUUGUAAAUAUCUCACAUGCAAUCCAAGAGGAAGCCGAAUUUUAUUAUA